CAGUCUAGAGUGACGUAUGUUAUUUAAUUGAGAUUUUGAACAUAGAAUCAGUGAAUUAAUUUAAUAUUAUAAUUUAAUAGUGUGUCAAUAAACCGAAUUUAAUUACGUCACGAGAUUUAUAGACAAGUUGGUAUACAACGUGUAAUAAAAGAUAUUCUUAAUUAAUAAAAUGUUCAACAACGAGCAAUACCGAUAUCAUAAAGUAUGUGAAGCCAUGAAGAAUUCUGAACAGGAAUUAAAUGAUAUCUUAAGUUUGAACAUUGCUUGUAAGGACGAUAUGGCUGGUCUUCACGAUUGCACAAAUAAGAUCAAAUUAGAGCUAACAAUGGGCGCUCCAGAUAAACCAGAGAAAACCAAUGAUAAAGAAGGAGGACCUAUUAAAACACCAAACAUACGCAUCCAAACGAAUAUAACAGGACAACGACCACAUCGCGUCUACGCGCGUAAAGUGCACGAUGGAAGCAAAUGUCGUCAUAAGUACUUUUGUAAGAUAUGCAAUAAGGAUGAGGUGAACGACAAAGACCCGUCUGAAGACUAUGCUUUUGCUAAGCGAAUGGCUCAAAAAAAGAUAGGAGCGAUCGAUACACGUCUUGAACAUCAUAAAAUAGAUCGUAAGAGGAUGGAAUUGAUGUAUAAAUCCAAAAACAUCCAAAGCUAUGAACGCAAGAUUCCGAAAAAUAAAGGAUCCUCGGCAACACGCCGCGAUAAGUCUGCUAUGUUUUAGGUGUUCAGCGGCUGUUACGCAGAUAAAAAGAAAGAAAUGGAACAGUUCCAAGCGUUAAAGACGAAGUUUAUUAACUCUCUGUUUUUUUUUAUUAUUACCAGACUUGAAGGAAAUCUAAUUUUUUGAUAUUUAUAUA